CCAUGGAUCCCGGCAACUGGAGCAGCUUCAUCUUCCAGGGACACGCCCAGAACCCCCUGCAGGUUGGGGCCGAGCUCCAGUCGCGGUUCUUCGCCUCCCAAGGCUGCAACCAGAGUCCGUUCCAGGCCACGCCGGCCCCCCCUCCGGCCCCCCAGCCGCCGUCGGCCGAGGCCCUCCAGGUCGACCUGCUCCCCGUGCUCGCGGCGGCCCAGGAGUCGGCCGCCGCCGCCGCCGCUGCCGCCGCCGCCGCCGCCACCGCGGCCCCCCCCUCGGCCUCCGCAGCCUCCACGGUAGACACAGCGGCCUUGAAGCAGCCCCCCGCGCCCCCUCCUCCGCCGCCCACAGCUUCGGCCCCGGCUUCCGAGGCGGCCCCUCCGGCCUCCGCGGCCACGGUCUCCGCCGCCACCGCGGCCUCCGCCCCGCCCUCCGCCGCUGCCGUCGCCCCCGUGGCCUCCACCUUAGAAAAGAAGUCGAAGAGCAAGGGGCCGUACAUCUGCGCCCUGUGCGCCAAGGAGUUCAAGAACGGCUAUAACCUGCGGCGGCACGAGGCCAUCCACACGGGGGCCAAGGCGGGGCGGGCCACCCCGGGCACCAUGAAAAUGCCCACCAUGGUGCCCCUGAGCCUACUGAGUGUGUCGGCGGCGCUAGGCGGGGCGGGCGGGGGCGGAGGGGAUGGGGGAGCAGGAGGCGGCGGGGCGGGGGUGGGCGGCGGCGGCGGCGGCGUGGUGACCACCACGGCCUCGGGGAAGCGGAUCCGGAAGAACCACGCGUGCGAGAUGUGCGGCAAGGCCUUCCGCGACGUCUACCACCUGAACCGGCACAAGCUGUCGCACUCGGACGAGAAGCCGUACCAGUGCCCUGUCUGCCAGCAGCGCUUCAAGCGCAAGGACCGCAUGAGCUACCACGUGCGCUCGCAUGACGGGGCCGUUCACAAGCCUUACAACUGCUCCCAUUGUGGCAAGAGCUUCUCUCGGCCGGACCACCUCAACAGCCACGUCAGACAGGUGCACUCCACAGAGCGGCCUUUCAAGUGUGAGACGUGCGAGGCGGCGUUUGCUACAAAGGACCGGCUGCGGGCGCACACGGUGCGGCAUGAGGAAAAAGUGCCCUGCCACGUGUGCGGCAAGAUGCUGAGCGCGGCCUACAUCUCCGACCACAUGAAGGUGCAUAGCCAAGGACCCCACCACGUCUGCGAGCUCUGCAACAAAGGCUUCACCACGGCGGCGUACCUGCGCGUCCACGCGGUGAAGGACCACGGGUGCCCGGCCCCCCGGCCCGACCGGCUUCUCUGCAAGCUCUGCAGUGUGCACUGCAAGACCCCUACCCAGCUGGCUGGCCACAUGCAGACCCACCUCGGGGGGACCGCAGCCCCUGCCCCCGGAGACGCCCCCCAGCCACAGCCGCCUCCGCCACAGCCCACCUGCUGAGGGGACCCCCCCCGCACCCACCAGGCAAGGCACGGUGCACGGCUGGUGGGGCAU